AAAAACUAAACCUGACCGGAGAAGCUUACGAAGUUGUCGAUGCUCUUUCGUUCUUUGGCAAGAAGGACAAAAGUCCGGAAGGGAAUAAUGGCAAUUCAGAGCCAGAAAAGAUGGAUGAUGGCGAUUCGAAGGGAUUUUGUUGAUGUGCAAUGCAAUACAACGCAACAACAGUUAUCAAAGUGAUCAUAGACCAGUAACAAUAAACAGUUUUGUAGUGAACAAUUAAAACUUGAGUGCAGUGUUAAAGUUAAUACUCGUGCAAAAUGUCGUGGUUUGAAAAUCCUGGUGUUGAAACCUUCAACGGUUUAAAGAUGUCCGACUUAUCCGUCGAUGAGGCGUGGCUUAUCGUAUCUUCCUCAUCAUCCGUCCCUCUUUGGUUGUACAGUUUGUCAGAAAAUUGCCAUCAUUGUCCAUUCCAACGGUAUUCGAAUGACCCAAUUCUUCCCAACGCUUCAAAUGGAACGUCCUUUAAAAUUAGUUCCACAUACGACUCUCGAUACCGUUUGCGGACCGAUGGAAAUGCGAGCCUGGUUUCUGAUGGGGGAGACGAUCCAGGGUCGAUAUGCCAAGUUUCCUUGUCCCCAGGAGAGUUUGGGGUGUACGAGUUAUUGGCGACCCCAAGUCAGAAUAAGUCUAGAUUUAACUGUUCAAUUACAACUCACGUCAACCCGGUGAACAUUUACUAUCCACUUUUCAUAUUUCUGGCAUCAUUUCUCACUUUGAUUGUGGGAAUCUUGCUGGUUAAAACAUACAAAGAUAGCAUGAGACGCCUCCUAUGUCGAAUAAAUCCAUGGAAUGCCGACUCUCCCGAGGUCAAUUCUUCGUCCUCACCUAAUACUGACGAAGCGUCGCUGCUACCUGGACCUUCAUCUCCAUCUACUUCCGAGCCGAGUCAAAGUCCUCCUUCAAAAAAGAAAGGUAAAAAACGGCCUGCUAAACGAAAGGACGAUAAUAUUGGAGAAAGUACAACAGGCACUGAUUCUACAUCGCCGGUAGAGCCAAUUCCUUCGUGUUCGUCGACCCCUUCAAGUCCCCGUGACCAGCAGGAAGAAGAACCUGUUCAAAACACGUCUCCACGAGAACGGUUAUCCUGUCUGGAUGCUUUCAGAGGGAUAUGUAUCGUCAUCAUGAUAUUUGUUGACGACGGAGGUGGUCUCUACUAUUUUUUCGAGCAUUGCACCUGGGAUGGAUUAUACGUAGCGGAUUUGGCCUUUCCCUGGUUUUUAUGGGUGAUGGGAGUUUGCAUCCCAAUUUCAAUCCACGCCCAGAAACAGCGUCGAAUGUCACAUUCAACAAUUUUAUCCAAAAUUUGUACCCGUUCCUUGAAAUUGGUCCUUAUUGGCAUUUUUAUUAUCAACACGACCUCAAAACCAAACCCUGCACAGCUUGGGAGCGUCCGAAUUCCAGGAGUACUUCAAAGACUUGGAGUUUCAUAUUUUGCUGUGUCCAUCCUCGUUUUGUACUUUUACUCAGAAGAUGUCGAGGGCAACAAUGAAACUGAAACUGAAAAUCAAACGCCACGACCACGACGCCCAUCUCCUCCACGCCAUGCUAAAAUAACACCCUGGAUCAUCAUUUUACUCUGCGUUGUACUUCAUACGUGUAUAAUUUUUUUCCUCCCCGUACCCGGAUGUCCAACCGGAUACCUUGGCCCUGGAGGUCUCCACUUAAACAACAAAUACUCUCCAAACUGUAUUGGCGGAGCUACCGGCUACGUCGACAAGUUGUUCUUCACUAAGGAACACAUUUAUCAAUGGCCAACUGCGAAAAAGGUUUACAAUUCUGGAUCAUUUGACCCCGAAGGAAGUUUAGGAUUGUUAACAAGCUUCUUCCAAGUCUGGCUCGGUGUCCAGCUUGGCGUCACAUUUCUCUCAUUUCAAGAACCAUCCGAGAGAUUGAAACGAACUCUUGGUUGGAGUUUGCUAUGCGUCACAACUGGUCUAAUUUUAUCUGGUGGUCUGGAAAACACGGGAUGGAUUCCGGUCAACAAGAAUUUGUGGUCGUUAUCAUUUGUCUUGAUAACUUCCGGUUUUGCGUACCUCUUGGUCGCCAUUCUGUACGUUUUGAUUGAUAUUAAAGGAUAUUGGACUGGGUUUCCUUUCCUGGAAGCGGGCAUGAAUUCAAUCCUGCUUUACAUGGGUCAUGAAGUUUUUCAGAAUUCUCUCCCCUGGAAUUUUACUUUUGGAAGAAUGUCCACCCAUUUUAGACAUCUUGUCGAAAAUGUCUGGGGGACGUGUUUGUGGGUGGUGAUUUCUGUGUACCUCUAUCGCAAAAAGAUGUUCCUUGUUUUGUAGUAGUAAGCAAGUGAUAGUUGUAUUUAUUUAGGAAUUGGUACAGUUAAAAACAUGCCAUGUACAUGCAUAUAUUUGAUUGAUAGUCUAUGUUGUAAUCUUGGGUAUUUAAUUAUGGGUGAGUGACAUUUGAGUGGAUUGCAUCAAUUGACAUUAUAAUGGAUUUGCUUACUCAAUAAAAAUGUGUUAUCGAGAUAA